AUGAAAGACAAGAAUCAAACAGCUCUAUAUGAAUUCAUAAUCUUGGGAUUCUCUAAUCUAAAUGAAUUGCAUUUUUUACUAUUCAUCAUCUUUUUUCUGACUUAUAUCUGUACCUUGGGAGGAAAUAUAUACAUUAUUUUGGUGACUGUGGCUGAUCUACAUCUACAUACUCCCAUUUAUUAUUUUCUAGGGAACUUGGCCUUUCUUGAGGUCUGCUAUACCACCACCAAUGUCCCCCAGAUGAUGGUGCAUCUUCUAUCAGAGGAGAAAAACAUUUCCUAUGAAGAAUGUGUGGCUCAACUUUUUGCUUUUAUUUUCUUUGUAGGAUCAGAGUGUCUCCUCCUGGCAGCAAAGGCACACAAUCAUUACACUGCAGUCUGUAGGCCCUUAAGGUAUUCUAUAAUGAUGAACAAGGCCCUGUAUACCCAGUUAGCAGGCUCAGGCUGCACUGGGGGAUUUCUCAAUUCAGUGGUGCACACAGUGUUGACGUUCUACCUGCCCUUCUGUGGCAACAAUCAGAUUAAUUAUUUCUUCUGUGACAUUCCUCUUUUGCUGAUCUUGUCUGGUGGGUACACUUCUAUCAAUGAGUUGGCACUGCUGUGCAUUGGGGUCUUCAUUGGUUGGACUCUUUUCUUGUGCAUCAUCCUUCCCUACCUUUUCAUAAUCUCCAGCAUCUUAAGGAUCCACUCCCUAGAGGGAUGACAGAAAGCCUUUUCUACAUGUGCCUCCCACCUCUUCAUUGUUCUUCUCUAUUAUGGAAGUGCCAUCUUCACACAUGUACAAUCCAUCUCUGCUUACUCCCUGGAGAAAGACAGGCUGAUCUCAGUACUGUACAGUGUUGUUACCCCCAUGCUAAACCCUGUAAUUUAUACAUUGAGAAAUAAGGACAUCAAAGCUGCUGUAAAAACUGUAGGGAGCAAGUGGUAG